AAAAACACUUAAACCAUGUCAAGGUAUGGACACACAUGCGGUGCAGCAGAGAGAGCUGUUGUCUGCGGCGGGUGGACUCCUCCCUUCUACCUGAAUCUUGGUCAUAGCCUCCAGGAUUUUCCAGGACUCUUAAGUCUCUGAACUGGACCAUGGGGGAGAGACGUGCACACUCCUUUCACAUGACGUGCCACGUGCAGCGCGACUACGGCAGCCGGAUGGGGAGCUCCUUCAUAAGUUGCAGACCCAACGGAUACGCCAGCACGAGCCUCAGCCUCAGCCUGGACCAGGACCAGGACAUGGAUUCUGACCCCUCAGCCUCCGUCGACUCUACAACUGCUAGUUCUGCCCUGCGGGUUCCUGCACCUGGCAGAAGCUACUACUCUCCUGUUUCACUGGAACUGGACCCCACAGCGGUGAAUAAUGGAUCAGGCAUUCCCUGCUGUCCGCCGGUGGACACAAAAGACCCUGCGCUGCAGACCAUACACAACCAGCCCUCCAUCACCUCUGGCCCUCCACCUCCACCUCUUCCUCGUUCGAGCUGGCUGCAUCAUCAAAAGGAUUUCCACAGUCCUUACAUCAAGACUAGCAUGCAGGGGGAUGUUUACAACUUCCUAGAGAGACCUGCUGGACUGAAAUGCUUCCUUUACCACUUCCUCGUCUUCCUUAUGGUCCUGGUGUGUCUAAUCUUCAGUGUCCUGUCCACUAUAGAGCAAUAUGCGGAAUUUGCCACUGGAACCCUCUUCUGGAUGGAGAUUGUGCUGGUGCUGUUCUUUGGCUCAGAAUAUGUGGUCCGGCUGUGGUCGGCAGGCUGUCGCAGCAAAUAUGCAGGCAUCAAAGGACGCCUCCGCUUUAUCAGGAAGCCCAUAUCAAUCAUAGAUUUGAUAGUGGUCAUUGCCUCAAUCAUUGUGCUCGGUGUAGGGUCCAAUGGCCAAGUCUUUGCCACAUCUGCCAUCAGGGGCAUCCGUUUCCUCCAAAUCCUGCGAAUGCUACAUGUGGAUCGACAGGGAGGAACAUGGAGGCUCCUGGGAUCUGUAGUCUUUAUUCAUCGACAGGAGCUGAUCACCACGCUGUACAUCGGCUUCCUGGGCCUGAUCUUUUCCUCCUACUUUGUCUACUUGGCGGAGAAGGAUGCUGUGGAUGAGGAGGGCAAGACGGGCUUCUCCAGCUACGCAGAUGCCCUGUGGUGGGGCGUGGUGACUGUCACCACGAUCGGCUACGGAGACAAAAUUCCUCAAACGUGGAUAGGCAAGGCCAUUGCCUCCUGCUUCAGUGUGUUCGCCAUCUCCUUCUUUGCUUUGCCUGCUGGUAUCUUGGGCUCAGGAUUUGCCCUGAAAGUCCAACAGAAGCAGAGACAGAAACACUUCAACAGACAGAUUCCUGCUGCAGCCUGCCUCAUCCAGACACUUUGGAGGUGCUAUGCCGCAGAGAAACCAAACGGCUGUGCUGCGACAUGGAAAAUGUAUGUUCUAACUCCAGAGGUUAGAGUCACCACAGUGGAACCUGAGACGUUCAGCCCACACAUCAGGAAACUAAACAUAUCGAAAAAGGGGAACAAGAGGAGGUUGAAGUCCAGAGGGAAUGGCGCCAUGGGUGUGGCCUCGGAGAGGGCGGUAUCGAUCCCCCAGAUCACCUACGAUCACAUCGAUGACUCCGAGGAGAAGAAAGAUGUCUCAUUUUUCCUGGAAGAGCCAAGAGGCGCAGUUGAAGGAAUCGCCAGAAUGUUCAGACAAACAGUAAGGAGGAAUCGCGACAGCACCUCCAUUGACAUCUCCCGCGCCAACAGCUUAACAGACGAACUGGACUACAUGACUGAGGACAUUCCCCUGCCGCUGAUGAAAGCUCAGUUGUCCCAUGCCCAGAGAUCAGCUGUCAAAGUCCUUCGAAGAAUGCAGUACUUUGUGGCCAGGAAGAAAUUUCAGCAAGCGCGGAAGCCCUACGAUGUGCGAGACGUGAUCGAGCAGUAUUCCCAGGGUCACCUCAACAUGAUGGUCCGCAUCAAGGAGCUGCAGAGAAGGCUUGACGGCACACUGGGGAAGCCAGGAAUGUUUCUUCCAGGAAAAGGAGAAGAUAAAGAAUACCCAACUAUUGGAGCGCGAAUGAUCAGGCUAGAAGAUAAGGUGCACAAGAUGGACGAGAAAAUGGACUCAGUUCUGCGGAUCCUGUUGGAGCAGUUUCCGCCCAAGCCGGAGCUGACAUCCAAGCCGUCUAUCCGCAGGGUGACCAUCCAGAAACGCAUGGGUGCCAGCAUCGACGAGGGGCUCUGAUGUAGCAGGGAUGGUCACACUAGGUAUGAUGGUGUCGUCACCAAUGGAGAAUUUAAGGACCAGGAGUUCACAUAAACAGCCUAGCCCCAUAAGAUGGACCAAUAAUAAGGGGGCAGAGUCUUCCACAAAAAAACCCUCCCUCUCUUCCAUUUACAGUCCCAAAUUUUUUCAUUGACUUUCUGACAAAGGAACAACUUUUACUUGGCCCUGCUUUGCUCUGAACAUGAGCCCAAGAGUGCUACUGAGAGUUGGAUUCAUGGUGUAGAAAGAAGGCUGACUGCCCUCUUCCUUCUGACGAUUUUUGGCCCUGUUUGGGUCUUUUUCAUCGACUUAAUGUAGCUCUCGCUUCUACACCAGCAUUGUGGGCCUUCAGUCUUCCUCUGCAGGACACAGUCAUUCAAGCAGCGACACGCUACUUGAAUUCAUUUCCCUACAUUAGCCUCAUAAUCACACUACUAAGAUAAUGUUAAUUUAUGUGUGGCCUGUCACAGAGCUGCAUUCCUCUACUCCAAAUAUUAUUCCAAAGCUAACUAACCCGGUAAUGAAGUCGUAAUGCAGUCAAAGCGCUCAUGUUCCCCAAAGACACAGAGAAAAACUCAGAGUCCAGCCGUGGCAGAGGCA